UCAAUGGGGCUGUCUAUUUUUAACCUUCUGUACUUUACUUUCGGCAAAGUAAUCAGUUCAAGCAGAGCUCUUUCCCUGAAUGAAUCCAAGUAACCCCGUGGUUCCCUUCUGAAAUGAGCAGCAGACACGCAUCCGAGCAGAGGCUGCCCAAGGAAUAAACUCUGCUUGUAAAGUGCCAUGUCUGGUCAAGGAAGUCCUGGAGUGGAGUUUUCAACAACAACUGUCAGUUCAGUAGCUGUGCAGGCUGGAGACUGCAGAAUCGUGAUAGCGGUCAUAAAGUGUGGCAAAUGGGUACAACUUCAGUUGGCCGAAUCACAGCCCAAUCUUCUAGAAAUUGGGAGUAGUCAAGAUGAAACCAAAAAACUUCUUUAUGAUCAUGAACUUCUUUUGGCCAAACUCAAGGCUUUGGAAGAUCGGGUGUGGGAACUCUUGCAGGAAGCGGACAAGACAGCUGAAGAGAACAAGGAUCAGAGUCAGGUCUACGAUGCCAUGGCCCAGACCCUGGGUGAAGCAUGGACAGCCCUGGUCUCCAUGCUUGAAAGAAGAAGGGAACUCCUUAGGUUGACUUGUGAAUUUUUUGAAAAUGCCUUGGAGUUUGCUAUUAAAAUAGACCAAACUGAAGAUUUCCUCCAGAAUCCUCAUGAAUUUGAAAGUGCUGAGUCCUUACGAUCACUUCUUCAGCUUCAUGAACAUCACACCAAAGAACUCUUAGAACGAUCUCUAGCCCUUUUAAACAAAAGCCAACAACUCACUGACUUCAUAGAGACAUUUAAGUGCGAUGGACCUAAUGUGAGUUCCGAGUUGAUUCAGGGAGCUCAGAGCAGUUGUCUGAAGAUUGACAGCCUUCUUGAACUUCUGCAAGACAGGAGAAGGCAGCUAGACAAGUACCUGCAGCAGCAGCGGCAAGAGUUGGGUCAGGUUCUACAGAUAUGUCUUUGGGACCAACGAGAAAACCAGGUUACUUGCUGGUUUCAGAAAACCAUAAGAGAUUUGCAGGAACAAAGUCUAGGUUCAUCGCUUUCAGACAAUGAGGAUCUCACUUAUAAGCACGAGGAACUAACAAUAAAAGCAAAGGAAUGGACUUCUGUCGCAGAGAAGCUGAAAAGUGAGGCACUGGGGAUUCUACUGUCAAAGGACUGUGUGGAGAAAGAACAUCUACAUCUAUCUAACCAGAAACUGAAUCAGCUUCAAGAAGAGUUUGGUCGACUCAUGGUGGAAAGGAAAACCUGGUUAAAAAAGGCAAAUGAUUUUUUUAACAGUGCUAAUAAGGCAUUUGAUGUACUUGGAAGAGUUGAAGCUUACCUUAAGCUCCUUAAAUCAGAGGGUUUAAGUCUGCCUGUCUUGGCAGCAAGGCAUGAGGAAUUACACAGAGAAAUUAAAGAGUGCACAGCUGAUGCUUUGCAAAGGGGCCAAACCUUAAUCAGACAAGUAGACUCCUGCAGCUCUCGGGUGACUGGUGUCCAUGAGAUGAUGGGACACAUUCAGAGACGGGUGGACCAGCUGACCCAACAGUGCUCAGCGCACAAGGAACUUGCUCUUAAGAAGCAGCAAUUAACAGCCUCUGUGGAGAGUCAUCUAAGGAAGGUGGAUAUGUCAAUUCAGAACAUCAUUCCAGUUGUUUCCAAUGCAAUGGAUAUUGGUUCCAGUCUUUCUGAAUCUGAGAAGAUUUUAAAUAAAUAUCUGGAACUAGAUAUGCAAGCUAAGGAAGCAUCACAUGCAUUGGAAGCAGCUGCAAAAGUCAUGUUGGAGAAAAAUGAAUUUGAAUCUGAUGAAGUAGCAUCUCUUUCUUUUAAAGCUCAAUGGCUAGAAGAAGAAUUAAACAUACUUGGCCAGAGCAUCACUUCCAGGUCAAAAGUCCUGCAAAUCUAUGUGGCAUUUAUAAAGUCAUCAGAGGAGGUAGAAGAGCAGUUUCAGAGCCUGAAGGAAUUUUAUCAAACUCAAAUCCCUUGGAAGGAGGAGGAGGAUGUGAAAAUCAAGCAUUGGUCUGACUCCAUUGAGAAGCAGUGGCAGCUGUUUAUGAAAAAGAGUUUUUUAACCCAAGACCUAGGGCUUGACUUCCUUAAUUUAAUAAAAAUGACAAAGGAGAAUGAGAUAUUAAAUGUGAAAAAUAAAGUGCACAUUAUGGAGAACACUCUGGAAAACCAGAAGGCUGGAUGGGAAGAACUUAGCCGCCUGCGGAUGACUUGGCAACUUAAAGGCGCUGAAAGCAAGUCUGUGAAGCAGCAGUGGAUGGCGUUCAAAGAGAAACUCAGAAAGACAACUCACAAUGUAAAACUUCUUCAGGAAGUACUCAUGCCUGUGUCUGCACUUGACCUUGGAGGGAGCCUCCAGACCAUUUCAGAUCUGCGUAAAAAAUGGAAUGAAAUGAAACCUCAGUUCCAGCAACUGCGUGAUGAGGUUCAGUAUAUUAUGAGAGAGUUGGAAGAAUUAAGAGGCAAAGGAGCCCCUGUGAAAGAGAAGUCUCAACAACUGAGUGACCUUAUUAACCUCCAUCAGAAACAGACAGAGCGCAUCCAGGAUUAUGACAAUCUCCUGCACAAGGUGGUCCUGUUCCACCAAGUCAGGGAGGAGCUGGGACAUCUCAUCAAAUCAAGAGAACUGGUGUUUCUGGAGCAGUUGGAGGAACUGGGUGAUGCUCAUGAGGCCCAGAUGCACCUCAGUCGCUCUCAGGAUCAAAAGGCACAUGUGGAGCAGCUCUAUAAACUGGCCCUUUCCCUAGGAGUGGACAUUAUCUCAUCAGCACAGCGCCCUAAUUGCUCUAAUGUUUCUGCAAAGAACGUGCAGCAGCAGCUGGAGGUCCUUGAGAUGGACAGCAUGAACUGGCGUGCCAAAACUGAGGAGUGCGACCAGGCCCUGGGCCGCAGUUUGGAGUACUGCACCACAAGAGAGGAGAUAAAUGAGCUCAAAGAGUCUUUCAAAGAUAUCAAAAAGAAAUUCAACAAUUUGAAGUUUAACUACACUAAGAAAAAUGAAAAAGCUCGAAAUCUGAAGGCUCUUAAAUAUCAAAUACAACAAGUUGAUAUGUAUGUCGAAAAAAUGCAGAUUUUGAGAAAGAAAAUGGAAAAAGUUAAUAAUAAAACUUCUGAUUCUUUCUUAAAUUACCCAAGUAAUAAAGUUAAUGUCCUUUUGGAAGCCACCAAGGAUUUGCAAAAACAGGUGGAUGACUUUGAGAAAGUUGUCACAGAUUACAAAAUAAAUCUGGACCUGACCGAGCAUCUCCAAGAAAUAAUAGAAGAGUGUCACUUUUGGUAUGAAGAUGCAAGUGCCACAGUUGUAAGAGUUGGGAAAUAUUCCAUGGAGUGCAAGACAAAGGAAGCUGUGGAAAUUCUCCACCAGCAGUUCAACAAGUUCAUUGCACCCUCUGUGCCUCAGCAAGAAGAAAGGAUUCAGGAGGUCACUAACCUCGCUCAGCGCUUAUAUGGGUUGGAAGAAGGGCAGAAAUAUGCUGAGAAAGUCGUGGCAAAACACAAAGAGGUUCUUGAAUCUAUCACUGAAUUAUGUGGGUCUCUCAUGGAGCUCAAAGAAAAGCUGAAGCAGGGAGAUGCUGUAAAGAUGAAUUCAAAUUUGGAGGAUUUCCAUGACAAUUGCAUCGACCUACUAAAGGAACCAGUGAGAAAUAAACAGAUGAUAUUUAAUGAAGAGAGGAAUAAGCUUGCCUGCUCCCAGUGUUUCUCUUCUGGAAGAACAGCAGACUCAAUGUGAUUCUCAACAGCACUCAAAUUAAUAAAAUAAAUUUCUUUGAUGUUUGAGUUAAAUACACACAAUACACCACACACACAUACACACACACACACACACACACACACAUACACACACGGACCCACAAAACAAACAGACAAAUCAAAAACCUCCCCUAUUUGUUGCAGUUAUUUCCUGGAGAAAGCUUUCUCUCUCCCUAUAGCCAAUACAGUUCUCACAGCUUCUAUAGAGGUCCUUCACAACUUAAAUCUAUAUCGAGGCCCAGUAUAAAUGUACCAUCAUCUGGCAGCAGAUACCAUUAAGCAAACUGGCUUUAUUGUAGUGCAGGCUGGAGUCAUUUAGAACUUGGUCCCUGUCUGGAUCAAAGGAGAGCUGUCUAACUGUGGUCAUCUCAUUGGCCUUUAGUCUUCCAUCAAAUGGUCUUCAGUUGCUCUGGUCUAAAUCAGGAUUUCUCAACCUCAGCACUACUGACAUUUUGUCCAGAGAAUUCUCUGCUUUGGGGGUCUGUCCUGUGCAUUGCAGAAUGUUUAAUAGUAUCCCUGGUUGCUUCCCAUGGGAUACCAAUAGCAUCACUGCUACCCCCAGCUGUGGCAAUAUAAAAUGUCUAUAGACAUGACCAAGUGUCCCCUGGGAAACAAAAUCACCCCAGUUGAUAACUAGUUGAAAUAAAGAACAGGAUUAAAUAUACCACAUUUCCUUAAAUAAAUUUCAAGAGUUCUAUAAUCAACUUUGUAUUAUUAAUUAAUUCUGCACAUUUUGCUACAUUAGGAACCAGGGACAUUUACUAAAAACUCAAAAACAAAAGUUUUUGCUACCAAAGCAAACAUACUCAUGUGUAUUUAGUAAAAAUGUUUUUUCUUGCUUUUAUUUUAUUGCUAGAAGAAAAAGAUAUCUUUAAAUAAAAAAUACAAGAUUUAUAUUCGUUGAAAAAUUGCUUUUAUUUUAACAAAAAUUAAAAGACAUGAUAGAUCAUCAGUCAUUUAGAAUAAAAGUGAAAGUCCACAAUUACAGCUGUCAAAAAUUCUCUUUGACAUCAUUUCAUACACACAUUCUGGUGCAAUUGGUACAGACAGAAUAAUGAAAGGGUAGCAGUAAUCUUCACUUUUAAGCAGCUCAAUCACAUUUACCCUCUCAUUGUCUCUAUUAUUUAUAUAUAGGUCAGAUGUAAUGAUUCUCCAAAAUACCAUGUGGGCAGAUAACAAGAAACGCCAAGUAAAAAGCUUGUCCAGGAAUUAUUGCAUUCAGUUUCUGAUUCCCUUAAAUGGUGUUAAUUUUCUUCAGAAAACUAUUUGAGUCAGAAAGAACAGUUCUACCAAACUAUUUCAAGAAUCUAUUCAUCACAGGAAUUUUCUCCUGGAGAUAGCAAAAUGCUUCUCAUUUUUCUGACUCCAAAACACAGCAGGUGGAAUUAGAGAGUUCAGACAGAGCUGCGCACAUGGCGCUGCUAACGGAUUAGUAUGGUGUUCAUCCCCAAGGUGGGUGCCGGAGCUAAAUCCACAGUAAUGUCUGAAAACUCCGAAGGUUAAAUGGAGUCCUGGAGUAUUAAGAGUCUCGCCUAAAGUCAUGGAACUAUUUGGUGAAAGACAAGGGCUGUUGAUGCCAGCAUUGAGAGUUAGAGGAUUUUAGUGCUGGGAAGAUUUAACAAUCAUCUGAUCAAAUCUCAUUUUACAGUUGAGGAAACUGAGGCCAAAAGAGAUUAAAUAUCUUGCCCUCCAAAAUUCACAGAAGGUAGUAUCAGAACUGGGCAGAAAGCCUAGUUCUUCUGAAUUUCAGCCAGGUACCUUUUCCACAAGACCAAAGAGGAUCUCUAAGGAACUGCUGCAUAUAAAUAAGUUGUUUUGUAACAGUAUUGUAGAUGUCCUGGCCAAGCUUUCCCCUUCUUUCUAUUCAUCUGCUUGCAUCAAAAUUAAUAAAGCAGCAACACAGAAGUGCCUUUAUAACAAACAAUUCAGUGGGGCACUCUUAGACUGAGGAGGACAGUCCUUGAUCUUCCUCUACUAAUCCUGAUCACAUGGCAGAUGGAGGAAGAUGUUCUAGAAACACUCACCUUGGAAAAAAAUUGGAAGAAACAAAGUGCUUUUCUUUUCCACCUCUACGUUCCUUUCUCUGUUACCUUGUCCCCUCCAAGUGCCCAAAUGUAUCAAAGAGGAUAUCAUCUCUUGACUGCGACAGUAUCCUCUAAGGGUUUCUUCAUAAAGGCCUGUCAUAGAUCAAGCCCUGUGCCCAAUAUCUUUCUCAACUUCCCACUUUCCUUCUUCAAAUCUUAUUUAUCCUAAACUAAGACUAGCUGUCCUGGAAAUUUUGGGGGAGGUAGAGUCUUGGAGCGUUCCUUUAAAUUUGCCACAUAGGAGGCCCCCCAUUCAAUGUGCUCUGAGGAUAGAUUCUGCCCACUCAGUUGGAUGGAUGGAGAAUAUUGUUAUGUUUUCCCUUCCAGAUAGGCUUUCUGCCUACCUGGCAACAGUUGUAAAUCCAAGCAAUUAUGCCCAUAACUGGAAAUUAAAACUCAGAAAUCACAACAGAGCUAAAAUCUGAGGCUGUAUAUUUAGGUUUAAUUAAAAGUCAGUUGAUCAUUAGGGAUGAAAAUAGGUGAGGUCUUCCAUGGAAAAGUAUAGAAAGAAGAUGAGAGAACUCAGGCAAGACUGUAGGUCACCCAUACAUUUAGAAUUGGAGAAUAAAGAAAGAAAUUGACAAAAAAAAAAAAAAAAAAAAAAAGUCAAAUAAAGAGCAGUGACAGAUAUAAGAGAAACAAAUUUAGAACUGAGUUAUAUUUUGGGUGAAUUAGAUAAUUUUCCCAGCUAUUUUUUGAGAACGUAUCAACCUGAUAAAAAUAUGUCCUGUCUCUACUGAGAUAUGUAGGUUUAUUUCUCCUUUCUGGAAAUAUACACUUUUUUUUUUUUUUUCUAAAAGUAAAAAUGGUUUCAUCGUGGAAAAAUCAGAGAAAAUGUUUGGAACGUGUGAAUGGUUAGUUACCUUUUUCAUAAAUGGAAAACAUUUAGAUCUAGGAAACUAUAUGUCAGUGAAUUUUGAAAGUAGUUACUAUAAAAUUCCCUAACAACUUAAAAACUAAAUGUUCAUUUGCAUUUGAGAACAAAAGGAGAAAUGCCAAGAGCCAAAUGGAAUUAGAAAAAACUCACAUUCAACUCACCUUAUUUUGCUUGCCAGGAUGAUUAUUUAAUGGGUAAUUCUAGGCUAGUGCCAUAGGUAUCAUUUGCUGUGAUUUUGGAAACUCAAUCGAUAUACGUUCAUGAUAUUGCUCUUGAUAAGUGGAGAAAAUAUGUUUGAUUGGUGAUAACAAAUUCCAUAGUGCCCAACAUUCUUAUCAAUGGUAUUAAUGGAAAGAGGAGGUGGGAAAUUUUAGUUAAUUAAAAACUCAGUAUGAAUCAAUGGUCCAUGUGGUUCUGAUAAGAACAUUAAAAAGAACUGAUACAAUCACUUAAAUACAAAUUUAUCACGUAUAAUGAGGAGGUGAUGAUGUCACUGAUUAUUCCCCAUUUGGAAAGUAAAAAUAUUCUAGAAACAAAUACCGAGAGGGUAACAUUCAUUAAUAAGUUGAAGUGUUUCCAGAAAAAUACUUGAAAAAAUAAUAAGCCCUCUUGUUUUUAGUAGAGAUUAUCUGAAAACAGUAUUUUCUGUGAAAAGAGCUUUUCUAUUAGGAAUUAUAAGAAGUAAAACAAAACAACCCCCCCCCCGCAAAAAAAAAAAAAACCCACCAAUUUCUUUGGAUUCCCUUCUUGCAUUUGACACAAACUGAAAGUAAGAUACAGGAGUUGCAAAUUGAUAGCCAGUAAAAGCCAGAUUGGAGGAAGUGACUUGAACUUUUCAAACUUCAUGCCCGAUAUAGAUAGACCUAUCCACCCAGUCACUUUGGUGCACAGGUAGAUAACCACAGGCUUCCCCUCCAGGGGUGUUCAUGCCUUAGAAUCACCGGGAACAUAACCAUUUGGUGGAAGGCAAAUCCCAGAGAGAGGAGCUUAGCUAGAGAUGAAUAUGAUUGGUUCCUUCUUCCAAGUUCUCAAUUAUGUGAGUCAGUUCCUCCCGGCUAGGUAUUGAGGAGGAGAAAACAAAGUGACUUGGACUUCUAGUCAAGUUUCUCCCCUGAACUUGUAAAAUUUCAGACAGUUUUAAAGGAUCAUAACUCUGCAGAGGCAUAGGUUACCUGAAAAAGGCAUUAAGGAGUUCUCUGUCCAGCUGGUCCUAAGGCCAAUGAAUGUUCCUGUACUCCUGGGAAGUAGCUUGUAGCUUACAAUAGUCAGACCUCUUGAGUUACCAGAUGAUGAAAGUUCUGGAAAGAAGAAAAACUGGAGAUGUUUAAUACAAAGAUAGAGGUUUAGAAGUUGCAGGAUCAGUUCUCCAAAUAGUCAAAGACCUGUUAAAAGGGCGGCUGAUCUUCCUCUUCAUAGGCCAAACCAGAACCACUUGUGGAAAUUGCAAGAAGGCAAGUCUUGACAGAAUAUAGGAAGACAGUCUUAACAUAAAUAAAGCACAAAAUUCUCAAAGACAGCAGCCUUUCAGGAAGUUUUCAAGUCAAACUGAUGUGAGGAGUUUCUCAGACUGAAUAGGUGAUUGGAUCAAAGUCCUUAUGAGAAGGAAAGCAAACAUUCUAAUUUUAGGAAGAGAUGAAGAGAAAAUUCCUGCUAAGUUAUGGGAGGACAACCAAGAGAAGGAGGUAUAUUCUUUACUGGAUAUGUGUUUAUUUAGUAGGUUGAAAUUUUUUGGUUUUAUGGGUUUUGUUGUUGUUGUUGUUGUUGUUUUUUGAUGAGAUUGGGAUCUGUGUUGCCUAGUCUGGCCUCAAACUUGCAAUCCCUGCCUGGGCCUCCUGGGCAUCUGGGCUUCCAGAAGUGAGCCACUGUGCAUGGUGAUAAUUUGUGUUUUCCUUUUUUUAAGUGGGAGCGACUUUCGAGAACUCCCAGGUUUUAUGAAUCUGAUGUGCUACCUACUCUGCUAAUGAGGCUCAAAACUUUGGCAUUUUAAAUCCAUAAUUUAAACUUCCACUAAAUGACCCAGAGAAGUCACUUUCUGUAAACUGGGUAUGUGUUUUCUUUGAAGCAAACUCAUCUCUGUGGGAUGGUGGAAGGAGCAUUGUUUUGCUUCUACUCUCCAACCCCAAAACAUGUUGUUUUUUCUCAAAAAUAAUUUAUGAAGUGUCAAGGGCAGGACUCUGGGCUAAAAUGAAAAGUGCAAAGUCAAGCAAGGCAUGGCUUUCUUUUAUCCACAUAGAAGCUAUAGAACAAAAAGUAGUAUGUGCUAAUCAGGUAAGAAUACACCCAAAAUCCUAAGGAGAAGCACAAAAAGUAGGUAUAAAACAAGAAGAUUAGGUAAAUGAAAUCACUUUCAGCUUCAAUGUUCUUUUGAGUCUAUGUCCAAAAGGGACAUCUGGUUCUCUCCUUAAACAGAGAUAGAUGUGGAUUCUGGGGAAAAAGACCAGGACAAUGCAAGCAGGAGAAGUGCAGAGAGGCAGUCCCAAGUGUCCCUCCUUGUAUCUUGGUGUGCUGUCUUGUGAAAUGUGUGAUGUGAGUACAUCAUUACUAUCACCCUUGCCCACUAGUCAAUCAAGUCCAUAAGUGCAGUGACUGGGUCUCCUUUUCCUUACCAUGCCAUCCCUCCAAUGUUUAGCAUGGUCCCUAGUAUACAGUAGGGCUUCAACAAAUAUUUUUUCAAUGUAAGAAUAAUCUAAGGGCUUUAUGAAAAUAAAACCAGUCAUUAAGAAUGACUUUCUCUGUGUGAUGUGCCUAGAGCCAAAUUCUUAGAGACAGAAAAUAGAACAGCAGCUGAUCGGGGUUGAGGGGAGGGGAAUAAGGAACUGCUGUCUACUGGUUGCCAAGUUUUAGCUGGGGAAGAUGAAAUCGUUCUGGAGAUGGAUGGGGGUGUUGGUCCUAUGACAAUGUGAACACACAUAAUGCCAUUGAAUCGUGUGCUUAAAAAUGGUUAAAAUGGUAAAUACAAUGUUAUGUGUAUUUUACCAUACUUCAAAAAUAAGGAAUAGCUUUCUUGAGAGAGAAGAGGGGUUAUUCUGGGAGGGUCUGAGGGAUCACAUAACUAGGGGAACUGCUUAGGAACUAUGUGUACCUGUAGAGUCAAGAUAAACCUCACCAAAGCCAAAAUUGCUGGUUGGGGAGACUCUUCAAGUUGCCACCUGGAGGACAUCAAUCUAGCCCAACCCUUUCAUU